AUGGCAGCACAGCCUGAAGCGCAGAAGCAGCCUUCGUGGUGGCAGAGGAUUUUUACCACUGCACCAAGAGGACAGUACGCAGUGGAUGAGAAGCAGCAGGUGGUCAAGGAGAAUGAAUUCGUCAUCAUGCGCUGGAAUUUGUGGCCAGGGGCUGACUUCAUCAUCAUUCCAUUGCCCUUGUGGAUUGACAUCUUUUGCCCCAUCUUCGCGGCAGUCUAUGGCCUUUUUGUAGGAUGGUUGGGUGCCUUCCUGUUGACGGUAUGCGCCUGGCGUUCUUUGGAGGCCAACUAUUUGAUGAAUAGGGUGGUGGAUGACACUUGGGAAGACAAGAUCCCGCGCAACACCGAUGAGGAGAGACGUUUGGCGGAUAACUUGCAGCACUUGGUGAUGAUGUGUGGUUAUAAGGAGCCUAUGGAGGUGAUUUGCCAGUCCAUUGACUCCUUGGCCGCACAAUCCGCGGCGCACCGCCUCAUCGUGGUCAUUGGCCUCGAAGAAGGCACGCCCGAUGUUGCUGAGAAGGCGGCACGCUUGAAGGAGCGCUACGCCAGGGCCUUCAAGCGCUUCCAUGUGACGAAGCAUCCCAAGCAGUGGGCCGGCGGCCGCGAGAUCCGAGGGAAGUGCUCGAACGCCAACUACACCAUGCGCGCCGCCGUGACACGCCUGGAGGAGUACGGCGAUCUGGAUUUGAGCUGUACCUUGGACUUUGGGGCCUUUGUCCAGGGAAGCACCACCGCUACCAGCUGUGACACAGAUUCCAUUUUUGCCCCUCGCUACUUCGAGAAUCUGGGCUAUCAGUUCUUGACCUCGCCCAAGGCCAAGGAGGUGGUUUGGCAGGCACCGCUCUAUUAUAAUCAUUAUUUGAAUGACCGUCCUUUCUAUGUCCGUGCCAUCGGCAUUAUGCGCGCAGCCUACAUGCUUGGCUUUUUGAUUCCUUUCAACAUCAACACCAUGUCGAUCUUCAGCUUCUCCUUGGACCUGUGCAUCAAAGGCGAAUUCUUUCAUGCGCAUUAUCAGAUGGACGACAUCAUCUACACUUUGACCUGUAUGCAAGCGCUUCAGAAACGUGUGGAAAUCCUCAUGAUUCCCAUGCCCGUGAUCUCCGGCCCACCAGUGGCACCACCCAAUGAGUUCAGCGAAUGGUUCCGCCAGAGCGAACGCUGGACGAUCGGCGCCUGCGAGGUCUUCCACUACUUUGUGGUGAAGCGCCGGCGCUACAACUGCGCUGCGGCCAUGUCCUACGGCACUUGGUUCGUGAUCUACUACGGCUUCAUUUUGUGCUCUCUGACCCUGACAGGACUUGCCGGAUUCAUCAACUAUGCCUUGGUGAACGCCAAACGCAACACGAUCGCGGACAUGGCUGAACACACAGGCCAAUAUCCUUUGGAUGAUGCAGCCAACACCGGAGUGAUGAUUGCAGGCUUCUCCAGUCUUGCUUGGACCUACAUCGUUUUCCUGAUCUUCUUCUACCUUGACCGUGAAGGUUGUAAGCUCAUCUAUCACCUGAAGAUGAAACCGCAGGGUGCAGAGGAUACUGGCUUCUGCCAGAACUUCAAGGAUUGGAUUUUGAUGUGGCCAAGCUUGGUGAUGUACUCCUGCGUGAGCUAUUGGGCCAUCCUGAAGGUCGCUUUCUAUGGCAAGAGGGUUUGUGGCCACGAUCCGUCCAGCAAGGAGGGCCUCAAGGCGGGACAAGCUAUGGGCGAAGUCCUGGCCUCGGAGACCUCCACCGCGGAGGGCGCCUCCGAGAGCGACGCCUGA